AUGGACCCUUUAGAUUCUCUUGUUGUGAAACGUAUUGAAGGAAAAGAGAAAUUGAAAAAGAAAAUUAUUAAAAGUCAGAAAUCAGUAUCAAUAUGUUGCAAAGGAGAAGGGAAAUUUGUUCCAAUGAAAGUGGCAAUUCAAGAAGCUUCAUCCAAAAAUUCAUUAUUGGAAAGAAUUAAUUCUCUUGAGACUCGACUUUUUCAGCUGUGCCUGGAAAUUGAAACUGCAAGAACAUCAUGUAGCUCUUCAUCAAAUAUACAAACUACAUUUGCAGAAAAAUCAAAAAAUAAUGAUGACAAGAGACAAGCAACUUCUUCUUAUCCAAUUUUUGAUUUUUCACAGAAACAAUCUCAUAAUUUGGCACAAGAUUUGGAGCAAUCAACUUGCAUGAAGAAGAAGAAGCCAUUGCAUUUUGGGAGAAGCAAAAGUACUAAAGAUAUUGAAAAAAUUACAAGUAAAAAUGGGAAGAAAAAAAGUUUAAAAGCCAGUUGGCCACAUCUUAGGAUCUUAGGUUGCUAA